AUGGAUUUCAGAGCUUGUGGUAUUGAUGUAUCUCUGCCUUCUGUCCUUUCAGCAUAUAAGGAACGAUGGUUCAAGUUGAAAUCCAACUUCCUCUUUUAUUAUCGACUUAAUGAGUUUGGAGGAGUUGGAAAGAAUGAGCCCAGUGGUGUGUUUGUGCUGGAAAACAUCGAGGUACAGAGAGAGGAGGAAGCUAAUCUACCCUUUGGAUUUGCGAUCAGGUGGAAGGAUGAUCCGGACAGAAAGCAGUUGUUCUUUGCACACUCGGAGGCCAGUGUUCAGUCCUGGAUCGGUAAAAUUUUGCAUGCAAGUUACGAUCAUUUGCGAGCCCAGCUGAUCAUGCUAAGGGUACAGAUCAGAAGGAAAACAGGCAAAGAUCCCUUGGAGCACUAUGGCACCCCUCUACCUCAGCGUGCAGCCAUGGCCCUGUUGCCUCUCCAGUCGGUCUCUCUCCAGGAUCUUUUCAUCUCUCCGUCGUCAGCCUUUAGUGUCUCUUCGGCACCAUCUAGUCCCUCCAUGAGUCAUUAUUUAAGGCCUAUGGUCCCAGAGAGUUCUUCCAGAAAUGAUCGCUCGGCCAAGAGUCCAGACUUGAGAUUGCGAAUCCCCAAGAGUCCGUCUCUGAGAGUGCCUACUAGGAGUGCUCCUGUUCCGCCUCCGAGGAGGGCCAAGAAAGUUGAGCCAGUGAAUGGAAUGUACAGUGAUCAACCAAACAUCCGUGGGAUUGGCCGUUCAAGAGCUUCCUUCAAGUGCCACCUAGUUGAGGAAUGCCCAAAGGAACCUCCGCCGAGUCUCCUUGACUGAAAAUGCAACAUGUAGUGUAACACAGUGUGGUGACAUACAUUUAAAGUCAACAUUGUGUGAUGGCUUCAGCUCUCCACAGCUCGCCCAUCCUACCUGUAGUCAUCCACCAAAUAUUUACGGGCAUAAUGGAAUCUCAUUAAUGCGGUGUAGAAGUACGGGCAUGAGUAAGAUUUUUAUUUAGUAAGGUGAUACCAUGAUCCCUUGUUCCCUCAAGUAGUGUAAUCCUAUGCUGGAGGUGAAAUGCUCUUACACAGAGGGUUUUUUAUUGUUCUUUUAUUUUUUAUUUUAAUAUUUUUUUUUGUAUAGGUAUUGUUUUGAACCCAUUCACAAAAGGUAAAAUUAGGAAUUAGUUUUGGUAAGACUAGGGUGUGUCAGCGUGGGCCACUCCACGCCGAGGCUAUUUCUCAGCUCAAGGUUGGGUUCCUGGGGCACCUUCCAAGCUGCCAGGACCAGGGCUCCUGAUGUGAGUAGAUGUCACCUGUUGCCAGUGAAACUCUGCAUUACAUAAAAAGCCAACACCUGCCAUGAAUGGGUCAAUAAAGAAAAAGAUGUAUAUAGAGUAUGCAGCUGAAGAGAAUUUUUAGAUGAUAGUAUGAUAAUAACCCCAGUUUUUAUAGAUGAUUUUCUAAAGAAAGGACCUCCAGAGUGUAAUAGAAAAUAAUUUUUUGAAGUACUAAUCUUUGUCUAGCGUCCAUUUCUGUGAUAUCUUCUUUACCCCAUAAGUCUGAGUAACAUUUAGACAAGCUUUAAUUUAAAUUUGAUAGAAGUACCUUGUGAUUUUGAGAGAAAUAGAUGGGAUUGGGGAUUUGGCCAAGAUUUUUAUAGCAUAGCUUAAUAUUGAAAAUGGACUCGGUGUGAGAUAAUACUUCAUUGGGGAUUGAAACUUCAGAAGUUUUAGAAUGAAUUGAAUUUUUUUUUUUCAUCUUUUUUUUGGUUGCUUUCUUAUUUCAUAUCACUUGAGAAGAUAUGCAUAGAAUUUGUACAUUAUCAUAGCUCAGUAACUUUACUUAUCACAGACAUUUACAUUGGAGUUAUAUGCAUUAUUCAUUUAGACUUAAGGUUUCCUAUUUAGCUUUUUGUAUUUUGAUUUAGGUUUGAAGAUUUUUUUCAUGAACUUUGUAUGUAUACAAUCAUAUCAGAUUUAUUAUCUCAUGAACAAAGAUUUAAAACUAAAAGAUGCACAUGCGCAUACUGUAUGCGUGCUUAUAUGUAAAUGCACAUGCACAGUGACCACAUCACACAAAUUUGCACUUGCACAUGUAAGCUCAUGCCACACAAGAAUGCACAUACACAUACAUAUGAUCACACAUGCACACGCACAUGCAAUAUGUACAAAUACAUACACACAUACACAUAUAUACACAUGCAUACACAUACACAUACAC